UCAAUCAAGAUUCGCUCCCUUCAAACCGUUUAUAACAGCCUUUUCCCGCCGCAAAAUUUCACCGUAACACUCAAACAAGAAGCUAAAUCAUUCAAACCCUAUUUUUUUUCCUGAUUCGUUCACUACUUUGAUUUUCCAAUUGCAUAAUGAAGUUCCGCUCUCACGGCGAUGGCGCUUCUUCUUCCAAAGGGAAAGAGAAGAUCAACUACAGAGAGAGUUCUGAUUCGGAAGAUGAUGAAGAAGCGCCGAGUGAUGUAGGUGAAAUUGAAGAACAAUAUUGUGGUAAUAUUGAUUCACACAGUGCUAGUGAUCCUGAUGGUCUCCCGAAGAGGAGGAAAACAGAGUCCUACGUAAAAGCGGGAAGUCAGAGUAGUGAAAAAGCUGAGGAGGAAGAGAGGGAGGAUGAUACUCAGAUUGUGGCAAGAAUUUUAGCUGACUUAGCUGGUGACAUAAUUGAGAGAAAACUUAGGCCAACGUUAUAUUGGAAAGAAUUAGAACAAGAAAAUGAUAGAUGGAUUGAAGAGAAUUGGCAAACAGAUUUCGACCAGGUAAAUCAGAAUGAGAUACGGAUAACAGUCGAGCCUUCAGAUGACUUGAUAAUUCCACUGCUAAGAUAUCAGAAAGAGUGGUUAGCUUGGGCUUUGGGGCAAGAGGAAUCUUCUGCCCAAGGUGGCAUCCUUGCCGACGAGAUGGGAAUGGGCAAGACUCUCCAGGCAAUAGCGCUCGUUCUUUUCAAAAGAAGUAUCUCAAAAGGAAGUUUUCCAACGAAGUUACGACAAAUAAAGGGUACACUUGUUAUAUGUCCCUCGAUCGCUGUGAUGCAGUGGGCUAGAGAGAUUGAUCGGUUCACUUCAAAAGGAAGCACCAAAGUUUUAGUCUAUUAUGGUCCUGACCGUGGAAAAAAUCUUUAUCAGCUUUCGGAUUAUGAUUUUGUUAUAACGACAUAUGGAGUUGUUGGGAAGGAAUAUAGAAAUUAUGUGAUGCCUCCUAAAGAAUGCCAGAGUUGUGGGGAAUUGUUUCGUAACUUGAAAGGUCACUUGAGUUCUUGUUGUGGGGAUCGGACUGUUAAGCCGAAUCUUGAGGUUCAUAACAAAAAUGUCAGUGGUCACAAGGAAUUGGAAAAUGACAAUUCAAAUGGGAGUUCAGACCGAACCUCAUCCGAGGGAAAGCAUAUUUUGCAUCACGCUAUUUGGCAACGUAUUGUAUUGGAUGAGGCUCAUUGUAUUAAAACGAAAAAAAACAAUACAACUAGAGCUGUUCUUGCUCUACAAUCUACAUAUAAAUGGGCUUUAAGUGGUACCCCCCUUCAGAAUAAUGUGAAUGAGCUCUACUCCCUUAUUCGCUUUCUCCGGAUAGUUCCUCUCUCGUUUUAUUGCUGCAGGGGUUGCAAUUGCAAUAUGCUUGAUCUCAGCUCUGCAGGAUGCCCUGGAUGUGGGCAUAAAAGUGCUUGGCACUUCAGCUGGUGGAAGAUAUAUAUUCAUAAGCCGAUAGUAUAUGAUUCUCCGGAGGUCAGAAGAGGUUCUAUGAUGUUGUUAAAGCACAAAAUCUUGAAAAGCUUAAUGUUAAGGCGCACAAAAGAGGGCAGAGCAGCUGAUCUUGCGCUACCUUCUAGAAUUGUUACCUUAAGAAGAUAUUCACUCGAUGCUGUUGAAGAGGACUAUUAUACAGCACUCAACAAUAAUAGUCGAACACAGUUUAAUGUAUACGUCAAUGCAGGAACAUUGGUGAAUAACUAUAUGCACAUAUUGGCUCUACUGACACGCCUACGUCAGGCACUUGAUCAUCCGUACCUUGUGGAAUAUUCUCCUGCUUCAAUGAAAAGCAAGGGCAAAGCAGUUGAUUUCACCACCAACAAAGAUGGGAAAGAACAAAAGUCAAAAACAACCAUUAAAGGAUUCAGACAGUCAAGCAUUUUGAAUAGAAUUCAGCUUGAGGAUUUCCAGGAUUUUCAGACAAGUACCAAAAUUGAAGCCUUGAGGGAAGAAAUUCGAUUUAUGAUUGAAAGGGACAGUACUGCCAAGGCAAUUGUAUUCAGUCAGUUCUCGUCUUUCCUGGAUCUCAUACACUAUGCCCUUCAAGAGUCUAAAGUGAACUGUGUUAAUUUAGAUGGGUCCAUGUCCAUGGAAGGUAAAGAUACUGCUAUAAAAAAAUUUACGGAGGAUCCUAACUGCAGAGUGAUUUUAAUGGCCUUAAAAGCAGGGGGUGUUGCCCUCAAUCUCACAGUAGCUUCACAUGUUUUCAUGAUGGAUCCAUGUUGGAAUCCUGCCAUAGAGCGGCAGGCGCAAGACAGAAUUCAUCGAAUAGGCCAAUACAAACCAAUCAGGAUUGUGAAGUUUAUCAUUGAAAACACCAUUGAGGAAAAGGUUUUAAAGUUGCAGGAGCAGAAGGAAUUAACAGUCAAGGGCAUUCUGGAUGGAUCGUCGGAGGCUCUGGAAAAUUUAACAACAGAUGAUCUGAUAUUCCUGUUUGUGCCCUAAGCUGCAUCAGUCUGCAGGAAAAUUCUUGAAUUUUGUCACGACAUCGGUUAGUGUUUCCUUUAGAUGAACAAACAAACUGCUAAAACUAGUCUGGUAAAUUUGGCUCCUUUUGGCAAAGAAUGUGUUAAUAGGCAUGAAUGUGUUACAGUUUCAGAUGGUGGAAAAUGAAUCCUAAACCUCUCUAUUACAGAUAUGAGAUCAAACUGUUUGCUUUACUUGAUUUGGUUUUACUGUUUUUGCAAUCCAACUAAAUAAACUAGAUUUUAGAUUCUGUAACUGAGUCAGUAUAAUGCAAUUUAUUAUGUUUGCGGUUAUGAAAAUAAAACCUAAAUACUGAAACAGUUUAAAUUCAGUGGUUUAGACUAGUUUUUUUUUUCACCUUUUUUUGCUUUUUUUUCUUUCUAUUUUGUAUGUCUGAGGGCAUCCACAAUGCAACGAUCACUUUUUGAGACUGCGGCGGAGUGUUGGGGCCGAAUGCAACGCACGUUUCACCCUAUCGGGUAGCGAGUGUGGCCAGUGGCGGAGAUGGAAGAGGGAGAGUGAUGAGAGAUGGAGGGCUGUUUUCAUUUAUUUUUCUAGCAAUUUUUAACUACAAUAUAAAUGUCUAUGUUAUGUAAUGAAUUUCUAUGUUAAUAUAGUUUAUCAUAAAA